CGGUCAUGGCGGCCACUGCCCCGAAAGCCGGGUCUUCAGCUCCAGAGUCGGCGAGUUCCGCCGAAGCUCCGCUGCAAUACAGCCUUCUUCUGCAGUACCUGGUGGGUGACAAGCGUCAGCCCCGGCUCCUGGAGCCUGGCAGCCUGGGCGGGAUCCCGAGUCCCUCCAAGAGCGAGGAGCAGAAGAUGAUCGAGAGGGCGAUGGAAAGUUGCGCCUUCAAGGCUGUGCUAGCCUGCGUGGGAGGAUUUGUCUUGGGAGGUGCAUUUGGAAUCUUUACUGCUGGCAUUGAUACCAAUGUAGGCUUUGACCCUAAGGACCCUUACCGGACACCAACUGCAAAAGAAGUUCUGAAAGACAUGGGACAAAGAGGAAUGUCCUAUGCCAAAAAUUUUGCCAUUGUGGGCGCCAUGUUUUCGUGUACUGAGUGUUUGGUAGAAUCUUACCGGGGAAAGUCAGACUGGAAGAACAGUGUCAUCAGUGGCUGUAUCACUGGAGGAGCCAUUGGUUUCCGAGCUGGUGUAAAGGCUGGGGCCAUAGGUUGUGGAGGUUUUGCUGCUUUCUCUGCUGCAAUCGAUUAUUACCUACGAUGAAAGAAACGCCUGGAAGGAGGGAGGAUGCCCGCCACCUUCAGAGCUGUUUUUUGGAGCACUUUCUACACUCUUGGCAUUGCUUCAGGGGCGAAGCCAAUUGUUUCCCUCUUGGUGGUAUGAGGGAACUAUCUCGUUGUUCUCCGCCUCC